AAAGCACGCAGAGAGAAGGAGAAGAAAGAAGAGAUGAAGGCUCGAAAAAAAAGACAAGCAGACCCAUAUGCUGAGGAAAGCAGUGAUGGUGAGGAAGAUGAAGCACCAGCCUCAGGACCUGAGAAGGAACCAAAAAAUGAGUCAAAAGCCUGUGGCCAUGCUAACCGGGCUGUUAACUUCAGCUUGGUGAGGAAGGCAUUAAAACAGGGACAGCCCAUUGGGGACUGCACCCAGUGUCGCAAGGGUCACUGCUCUGAUCUGAAAGACGAAGCUGAGAAUGAUACUGAGAAAACCUAUGUUCCUGUGAUCUGGCUGUGCUUGUUCUGUGGCCACCAAGGCUGUGACCGCAACACCCGAGAACAGCAUUCUUUUCUUCACUACCGCACUCCGCGUUCAGAUCCUCAUUGUCUUAUCCUAAAUACUCAGGCAUGGAAUGUGUGGUGUUAUGAUUGUGACUCAGAGGUACACCAGACUAGUUCCAAGAAACUUCACGAAAUUGUAGAAUAUAUUAAACGACAAAAAGACAUGGCACCACACCGGGCAGUUAUGUCACAACCUGUCUCAAAUAAACCUUCAUAUAUCUCUGGGAGUGAAUCUGGGACAGUGACUGUGACCAAAGGAACUGUUUCUUCUUUUGAUGACAACUCAAAAGCCGCUAAAAAUCAACGAAAUGCUCAAGCGAGUGUUCUUGCAUCUCUGCCUAAAGUGAAGGGUCUUAGCAAUCUAGGCAACACCUGUUUCUUCAACUCAGUGAUGCAGUGCUUGGCACAGACACACUUCCUGACACAGCUUCUAGAUGUACAAUGCCAGAGUGGUCAAAGAGUGUACUUACCUGGACAGGCAAAGUCAUCUCUUGAUGAUCCUAAAAAGUCACAAAUCACAGAGAAUGGCAGAAUUCAGCAGAAGAAAAAAGAGAAAAUAACCAUGAAUGAAAAUGAAGAGGAUGUGGAACUGAAACCCCUUGACUUGAUUCUUCCUGAGGGGGGAGGGCUGACUUUGGCAACUGCAGCUUUCCUGAAAGAUAUGCAUUCUGUUGGCAAGAAUGGUGUUCUAAAUCCAGGACACCUGUUUGGUCAGAUAUGCAAGAAAAGCACACAGUUCCAAGGAUACGAACAGCAAGAUGCCCACGAACUCCUCCGCUGCCUCCUGGAUGCCAUACGUAAUGAGGAAAUCCUGAGAGCAAAGAGAGCCAUUCUCAAAGCCUUUGCUCUCUCAGAGAAGACUGACCCCAACACAGUGAGUCCACGGCUCAAGACGAUGAUCAAGGGCUAUGGCAAGCAGGCAACUCACACCUUGGUCGACCACAUCUUCGGAGGACAUCUCAUCAGCACAGUCUUUUGUGAAGAAUGUCACUGGUCAUCUCAAGUGUUUGAGCCAUUCAUGGAUCUUUCUCUCCCCAUUAAUGAAGAAAAGGGUAAACCAAAGAAGACGUCACCUUCGGAUGAUGAAAGCUUACUGGAUUGCUUUGGGAGACAGUCCAGCAACAACAAUGUUUCUAAGCACCAGCAGAAGAAGAAGAAGAAAGAAGAGAAAAAGGCCCGUAAGACAAAGGGACGCGCCAAAGGAGGGGGCCUUGCACCAGCUUGCAUUCGUGCAAACACUGAAGACCAGGAGGAAGAACAAAGCAAAAAGACUGUACAAAGUGAGAAGAUGAAGAGGCGAAUGACUGAGAAACGACGUCCAGAAGACCUCGAGGAAAUCACAAAAGUGGAGGAAGAGCAGAAGGCCAAGGCAGGGAAGACAACUGGUGUUUUGAGAGGGGAAAGUUUCAAGUUCAGACAGCUGAUGGAAGCAAGAAGAAUUAAUAGACAGGAGAAGGACAGCGACGAGGAGGAGAGUGAUGAAGACUCAGAGUAUGAUCAGGAAGAUGAUGAGGAAGAGGAAGCGACAGGGAACAAAAAUAAUACAGCAGAAGGUAGUGCGGAAGGUAACACAAAGAGAGACACUGAGGAGACUAAGGAAAAGACAGAUAAGUGCAAAGAUGAUAAGGGAUUAUCCAAAGCUGCUGAUGAAGAAGAAAGCGAAGAGGAAGAUGAUGAUGAGGAUGAUGAUGAUGACGAUGAUGAAUCAGAAGAGACAGACAAUGAGGUCAAGGAUAAUGAAAGUGACGUUGCCAGUUCCAAGAAAAAGUCUUCCACAGAGAUUAGUGAUGCAGAUAUUGAAGACAACACAGAUUCUGAACGGGUUAGACACAAGUACCAUAAUACUCGGCAACCUUCCAUUGUGGUUGAGCAGUCAGAAAAUGAGACAAGAACAAGUGAUGGUAUUACUGCAAAUCACAAAGAGAAUUACAUCUACAUAUUCACCUAUAAUCUUGUAUUUUAUAGAAGAAAGCUGGCCUAUAACCCUCGUACAUCUCUGCUACGCAGGUGCCUUAAGAGUUGUUAUUCAAGUGAUCAGCUAAAUUACAAUUCUGCAUCUGACACGUCAGAGAGGUAUUUCACCCCAAAUGAACGGGACUGUAAUGGCCUCGACACUGGGGAUGAUUUAGACAACUUCCAGGACCCUGUGGAGAAAGCAGAAACAACAUCUGUUAAAUCUGACAAAUCGACCAAUACAAGUGGCAUAGCAUCCUCUUGUGUAACGGGUGACAGCCUUUCCAUAUCCAGUGGUGAUACCAUCAAUAACUUUGAAGGGGGAACUGCAGAGUGCAAGGUGCCAGUGGAUCAGGCACACAUGGAGGAAAUGUGCCUAAAGGUUGGUGAAUUAAAGAUCAGAAGAAAGUCAAGCAGCAAGGAGAGCCUCCUUGACACACACAGCAUGAAACAGAAAAGAGGCUCCACAGAAACCCUGCACACUUUCAAAGAACGAUUAGGAGAAGGAGAAGAAGACGAGACAAAGAAGAAGGUGAAAAACAUGAAGAAACUGAAGCAAGAGUGGAUAGCCCGAAGCCUAACAACUCUUGCCCCGAGAUACCAGUGUCACAGUCAGGAGUGUUCCAUUAUGUCUUGCUUGACCAACUUUACGGCUCCAGAGCUGUUGAUGGGUAACAACAAGAUCACCUGUGAGAACUGUACAAAAAUUCACAGUCAGUUACACGGAGAGGAGAGUGUUGAGCCUGUAAAGAGCAAUGCCAGCAAACAGCUCCUGAUCCUUUCACCUCCUGCUGUGUUGACUCUGCAAUUGAAACGUUUCCACCACAUGGGUUUCAAUCUCACCAAGGUCAACCGUUAUGUGAAAUUCCCACUGGUUUUGGAUAUUGCUCCAUUCACAUCAUCAAUCUCUUUGGGUUUGGGUAACAUGUCCCGAGGCCAGAAACAAGUUCUUUAUGGUCUCUACAGUGUUGUUGAACACUCUGGAAGACUCAACUCUGGCCACUAUGUUGCCUAUGUUCGCUCUAGACCUCUGGACCCCAACCGCACCAACAAGCAGUUCCUCAAUCUCAAGCCCUCUAGCCAGUUUGAGAUUAAUCACCUUGUGACAGAGAUGGCAGAAAAGAUUGAGGCUUCCUCUGGCAUGCUAGACAAUGACUUGAAAGGUUCAUCAGCAAAUACAACCUCGGUUAAUGUUGAGGAAUUGGAGGAAGAGGUGAAGGCUGGUCGCUGGUUCCAUGUCUCAGAUGCAUAUGUUGCAGAAGUAAACAUUGAACGAGUCAUGAAAGCGCAAGCGUACCUAUUAUUUUACGAACGUCUGGUCUGAGCCAAGUAGAGAAUAGAUUGUAUAUAGUGCUUCAGACUUAACUGAUAGUUUACAUUUGUAAUAACUAUUUAUUUGUACAUUUCUCAGUACUUGGUCUGUAUAACUGAAAUUCUUUUUUGAACAUGAUAUCCAUGUUCUUUUAUUUGAGAACAUAUAUGGGUUUUCAUGAUGUAGCAUCUUUAAGAAGACAUGAAAAAUAUAUUGGACAGAAUCAGAUAGCUGCAGAUCAAUUGGUAAAUGCCACAAACUUUCAGUAUCUGUAUUCCAUGUCAAUUAUUAGCUUCUUCCAUCUUGAGUUAUUUUGUUGACUGUUUUCUGCCCCAUCAUGUAGACACUACAAGUUCUCUCUCAUUGAGAUGGAUGCAUUAUUUCUCUUUGGAAUAAGCACACCAAUCACAAUAAAGUUUUCAUGUUUUCAUAAAGGUAAAAUCUAGCCCAUUCAUUGACCAAGGCCAUCACAGUAUUAUGUGGCUGUGUGUUCAUUGAAUGUUUUCAUCGACUGGAUGGAGGGGUGUGGUGGAUAAUGUACAAUUUCGAUAUAGAACAGUAGAAAAGGCACCUGUAGAAUAAGAUUAUGUAUUGUAGAUUAUGUAUGAUACAUUUUAGAGAGUUCUCCAGUUGUCAUAAUCUCAUAUUAUAAUCAGUUUUGAUUGUGCUGUUUGCAGGUACUUUGAGAUAAUGUCAUUGACAUAUUUUAGAGAUUGGUGUAUACUUCCUCUGCCAGCAUACCUGUCAAUACACUUUCAAAAUUAUAUGUAAACUUAGUUUACUGUAGAGAAAAAAAGUGAAAGCAUUGAUAUUUUUUCUAGGAUGGAGAACCAGCCAAGCUCUCUUUUUCGUGAUAGUUUCCAUUUGUAUCUAUUUUUGCCACACCUUUCAUCGCUGAAAAUUGAAAAAGAGACUGAUCAAUUUAGAUCUCCAGGAAAAUGAGAGCUUGAGGCUCAUCUGGGGGGCAGCUUUUCACAUCAUCUGUGAUAAAGUAUUCAUGUCUAGCAAUAUGUUACUGAUUUUUGUUUUCCUUAGUUUCUGGUGAAUGCCAUAUCAUUAGGUGUACAUUUUAUCCAUGGUCAUCCAGCUCCAUUUAUAUCCCAUGAAACGAGUUUGUGAGCAGUGUUUGAAUAGUUUUGAAUAUAUUUAAGCUUGUUGAUCCUGCUAUAAUCUGAUUAUCUUGAAGACUUGAACUUUUUUUUUCUCUCUUCUUUUUAUACACAUUUGAUAAACUAUACACAAGAAUGACUGAAUGGGAAGUAUUGUGUUUGUAAUGUUGUUGGAGAUAUUGACUUCUUUAUGGGAAUAUGUUGAUGGAAAGCAGUGGUGCCCCUGAUAGAAGGUAUGUGAAGCUCUUAAUAUCAGGACAAAUUACUUUCAACCAUAUUUUGUCAUGUAAAUGCCACAGGUAUGUCUUUAUUCUCUUAUUAAAAAAAUCAAUAAGAUA